AUGGAGGUGGUCCGUGCACGGCUUUUUUCCCAUACAAAGUGGGCCACCCUCCGGGUCCAGUUACGCAAUUUAAGGGACUUAGUCAAAAUUCGCCCAUUUUCACGUGACCUGGUCCGCACCACCCCCAUCACCCUCCUUCUCACCCCUCCCUCGCCGUCGCCCGCUCGUUCGACGACCGGCAUGUCCUCGCCUCUGCGGCCUGGCGUUCGAGUCUGGGCCGGAGAGCCUCCCAGCCGACGGGGGGGCCGGGAAAUGCGCAUCCCCGGGCGGGUCGCCAACUGGCGAGUCCGGCCAUCUCGACGGAAAGUAGGGACCCAGCGACUGCCAACUGGCGAGUUCGACUGCCCGUCACCACCGCGCCGCCUCCGGGGCUUAGGGGUUGCCCAGCGGCCGAGGGUUGGCCGUGAUCCCUUAGGGCUCGCCGCACACCCCCUAAUCGCGCACCCCGAGGCCUCACGCGGCCCUGACGGUCUCCGUCUGAUGCCCGUCCCCUCUCCGCCGCCCCGCCGCCCACCCACCCACCCCACGCCACCCGCGCCGUCAACUGGCCGGCUUCCUGGCCACCUCUCCCUCACCCACCCCCGCAGGGCAGGCAGGGAUCGGCGUCCCCGGGGGCUCCAGCACCGCUACGACUGGUUGGGUGGGCCACCGGCCGACGUGCGCCUGGGCAUACGAUGGGGGACACCGGGAGGGAACGCCAGCCCCGAGUCGCCGUGA